GAAAAUGUUGAUUGGCUCUCCCUUGCUCUUUACAAAAAAAAAAAAAUUGUAAGGCUCAGUGUAUUCCUCUCCACCCUUUCAGCUUCUCUGCCGAAGUUGAGAGAGAGAGAGAGAGAGAGAGAGAGCAGGCAUAAGAAUUUUGGUAAUAGUCCAGCAAGUACUUCCACUUCCAGUUGAAGUGUUUUGGUGCUGGGAGCCUCGAGAAUUUGUUCGUACUCAAUUCCUCAUUGAAAUUCCAAGGGGAAAAAGAUGGACCAUUUUUAUGGACCAGGGAGGAACCAUCUUUUCGUUCCAGGGCCGGUCAAUAUCCCGGAACCUGUCAUUCGGGCCAUGAACAGAAACAAUGAGGAUUACCGCUCUCCAGCUGUCCCUGCAUUGACAAAAACACUGCUUGAGGAUGUGAAGAAGAUUUUCAAGACUACUACAGGAACACCAUUUAUGAUCCCCACCACAGGUACUGGUGCAUGGGAGAGUGCACUUACAAACACAUUAUCUCCAGGAGAUCGCAUCGUAUCUUUCGUCAUUGGUCAAUUCAGUCUGCUCUGGAUUGAUCAGCAGCAGCGCCUUAACUUCAAUGUUGAUGUCAUAGAAAGUGAAUGGGGCCAAGGUGCCAACCUUGACAUUCUGGCAUCAAAACUUGCAGCAGAUACUGCACACACCAUAAAGGCAAUUUGCAUUGUUCACAAUGAGACAGCAACGGGGGUUACUAAUAAUUUGGCUAAAGUGAGAAAAAUCCUUGAUGAAUAUAGGCAUCCAGCUCUUUUCCUUGUUGAUGGAGUGUCUUCCAUAGGCGCUCUUGAUUUCUGUAUGGAUGAAUGGGACAUAGAUGUUGCUUUAACUGGAUCUCAGAAAGCUCUCUCUCUUCCCACUGGGAUUGGUAUUGUAUGUGCAAGCCCUAAAGCUCUGGAGGCAUCUAAAACUGCAAAAUCAGUCAGAGUUUUCUUUGACUGGAAGGACUACUUGAAGUUCUAUAAUUUGGGAACAUUUUGGCCGUACACCCCUUCCAUCCAGCUGUUGUAUGGUCUCAGAGCAGCUCUGGAUCUCUUAUUUGAGGAAGGGCUUGACAAUGUGAUUGCAAGGCAUAGCCGUCUAGGCAAAGCAACAAGGCUUGCUGUGGAGGCCUGGGGCUUGAAGAACUGCACCCAAAAGGAGGAGUGGGUCAGUGACACAGUAACUGCAGUUGUAGUUCCUUCCUAUAUUGAUAGUUCUGAAAUCGUUAGAAGGGCAUGGAAAAGAUACAAUUUAAGCUUAGGUCUGGGUCUGAAUAAAGUGGCUGGGAAGGUUUUCAGAAUAGGGCACCUUGGAAAUCUGAAUGAGUUACAAUUAUUGGGCUGUCUUGCUGGAGUGGAGAUGAUACUCAAGGAUGUGGGCUAUCCGGUUAAGCUAGGAAGCGGAGUUGCUGCUGCUUGCGCAUACUUGCAGAACAACAUCCCACUCAUCCCUUCCAGGAUCUGAGUCACCUUUAUGUAAUUACUUUUUCUUCCAUGGCUUCCUUCAGCUUCCUUGUAAAAAAAUGUAUAAUGUCCUCUACUUGCACUCUUGAGGCUCACCAAAUUCCCUAUUUAAUAUACAAUGCUUCUGGCAUUGUUCCUGUAUUUGGACACAUCUUUAAGUCCAAUUGUCUGUUCUAUUGACACUA